CCACUGUUCUGCGGUGGCUGUGAUUCAACGAACGCUUUUGUGGGAGUAAUCAUUGUUCGAGAGGAAUGGCAGGCUAUUCAUUUAAAGAACAACCGGGCCACUGAUUGCCAAGAGUUCGGCUAAGGUCUUGAGUGUAACACGUUUGCUCUGAGAAGACCAGCGGAUAUAAAUUAGCUUAUAAAUAGGGCUGAAAGACAUUUUGAGUUAUGAAACACGAGUUGGUCUCAGUGUCCAGAUCAGUGACCGGCCCAAGAAGGUGACGUGGGCCCAGGACUCGGUGUGAACCACAAAAGGAGUCACUUCGAGGGACAGUUUUCUUAUUGCUGUGUUGUUUUUUUUUUUACUUGUCCGAGACGACGUGGGAUUUAAAUCCUGAAAAUGACGUCAUGGUGCUUCUACUGUUGUUUGUCCAGAAGAGGAGUUGUGUCUCCAGAAGAAAUCAAGCCAAAAACAACAGACAUGCAUUGGGGCUACGACAAAGAAAAUGGACCUCAGACAUGGGGACACCACUAUCCAGAAGCCAACGGGCCACGACAGAGUCCUAUCGACAUCGACCCCUCCUCGGCCAAGUUUGACGUGAUCCUUGCCAACAAUCCACUAGUCAUCAAUUACCAGACAGAACACAACCUCAACGUUGAAAACAAUGGUCACUCGUACAAAGCUGACAUCAAAGAGGAAUCCACAAUCAGUGGAGGGCCUCUUGGCAGCAGCAAGUACAAACUGGUGCAGUUCCAUUUUCAUUGGGGGCGGGACGACAAGUGUGGAAGUGAGCACACCCUGAAAGGAAAAAUGUACCCCGGUGAGCUGCAUCUCGUCCACUACAACGCUGAGAAAUACAAGUCUUUCACAGAGGCGGUCACACAACCCGACGGCCUGGCUGUCAUCGGCGUGUUCUUGAAGGUGGGCACUAUAGACCACGAAGGUUUCAAAGUUCUCUCCGACAACGCAAGUAAAGUCAAAUGUAAAGCUUUCAAAACAGAGACAGGCUUAGAUCUCAACCCCAAUAACUUGUUGCCAGAAAAUGUUACAAACUACUGGACAUAUGAAGGCUCACUGACCACACCCCCAUGUUGCGAAAGUGUACAGUGGAUAGUUCUGAAAGAUCCAAUCUCUGUCUCUCCUGAACAAAUUCGGGCACUGCGAAACUUGUGCUGUGAUGAAAAUGGCUCCAAACGUAUCAUUGAGAAUUUUAGACCCCCACUUCCACUAGGUGAAAGAGAGCUUCGAUCUUCCUUCCAGUUGUAAACAUCUCUUCAUAUUUUUAAACUGCUGCUGUCAUCUCAUUAUUUAAACUACGAUUGUAAACUCGUAGACAAUUUAAUACAUUUUAGAAUAACAUAAUUUAAAAUAUUUCUGUAUCUUUUUGCAAAUUAUAAAACAAGAUACAUAUCUUAAUUAUCUUUCUAUUUUUGUUAAAUCUUUGAAAAUAUUUGUAUACUAUUAAUAAUUUUAUUUAGUUCCUGUUCAUAAUAACAGUAUAGAAUUUAUUUUUAAAUGCCUAUAAUUACAAAAAUUUUUUUUUAAUUUGCUUCACCAUAAGAAAUUUUAUUAAAGACAAUAUAAAUGUAUUACUUUUCACAGUAAAUGUAUUUGGCCAAUCUAUGCAGCAGAUAAUCAUCUGUAUAUAACAUCACUAGUUUAUUGUUUUAACUAAUUGUUCCAUUUUUUUUAAAACUUGAUUUUAAAAACGAUGGCCGUAUUGCACAAUGUGUUACAGCAAAUCAAAAUUAGCAAUGAUUUCAAAACUGCUUUUUCCCCCCUCUGAAUUAUGGGAAAUUUUUUUUUUAGUGAGAAAAUGUUGAGGUGUUGAGUAAUCAUUUUCAUGCGAGUGUCUUUCUACUUAACAAAACAAAGAAUGUGAUAUCGUGUGUUGUGUGAAACUCUUAAGUGAACAAAAAAGUUUCAAUGUUUCAGAAGUACAUGUUUUUUAUAUAUAUAUAUACAUUUACAUUUUAAUAUAUUUCAAUGUCAAAAAAUUUUGAAAACAUCUUUCAUUACUUUUGAAUCAGUUUAAAAUGAUUAUAAAUAUUAUUAUUAUUUUAAACUGAAUUCAAAAUGUAUAACAUUUUAUAGGUGUAUAUUUGUAUGAUAUAUUUCAUAUAUCUCAAUCAAAAUACUGUUAUUCUGGAUUUUUUAAUUUUGUUUUUGAUAAGUGAAGCCUUUUGUCUUUUAAUUUAAUUCUAGGCCUGUAGCCUAUUGGUCAUAAUCUAGAAAUAUUUUAUAGAAUUAAUUUAUUAUGCAUCGUUGUAUUGAUGGUAACAAACAAUUUCUUUAUUUUUCUCUUUUAAUCAUUUCUAAUUCAAAUUCAACCCAUGCUGAAUGCUUCAAGAUUAUUAAUAUAAUUUUCAUUUGGAAUAAUUCUGAAAUUGUGAAGACUCCUUACACACAAUUUCGAUAACUGUUUUAAAUUAUUCCUCAGGUGGUUAUAUUUUCCCUUUGCUCCUUCUGAUAUGACUAAAGAGGCUAGUCCUUGAUAAACAGCUACAGUCUAGGCUAGAGAAAUAAAUAAAAUUCUGACAACAUUUAAUGUUUACAAUUAUUUAUAAGGUUCACCAGAAUGGUACCUCAUAUUUAAAAAAAAGAAAAAUUCCACACACAAAAUUCCAUAAUUGUUUUUAUAUUUUCUUAUAUCUUAUCUACACAACCUAGCUGUAGAUUCACAAAAAUUUUGCAUAAUAAUUUAUCUAUUCAAAUUACAACAAUACAAUGAUAAUUUCCCAAUAAUUUCCCAUUUAAUUUUUUUUAGCAAUAUUUUAUGAAUCAAAACUACAGUGAAUGUGAGCAUAAUUUGUCUUUGUUACUUGCUUGAUAAUAAUAUUCUAGCAUUAAUACUUUAUAUUUUUUGGCUUAAUAUAAUUUAUAAAAUAAGAAGAUAAGAUAAAUAUGCAUUUUAAAGUUGUUGUUUUUUUUUAAAUUGUAUACUUAAUAUCUGUUAAACAUCUUAAAAUCAUAAUUUUUUAGCAGGAUAUUGUAAAACAUUAUACUUCAUUUAAAAUAAUGAGAAUACAAUAAAUUGUCUUUCAUUUUCUUGGACAUGUUUAUAAAAAAACAGAGUUGUAAUAUUGAAAUUUCUAAGUCAAAAAAGGAUGAUGUUGAGGAGCAGUAAAUCUGUGAUCUACAGACUGUGUCAGUGUUGAAAGCUUUUACUGAUGUGCUCUGAUGUGUGAACACAGCCUGAGAGGUUGUGUAUUUGCUCAUGCUCAUGUUUCAACUGAAGUGAAAUCAAAUAGAAAUGUGUAGAUAAGUUUACAAUCAAAUAAUUUGUUUUGUUUUCACUACCAUUUAUUUUAGCAAGUAUGUUAUUUUAUAUGCUAAACUAUUUAUUAUUUUAUACAAGCAAUGAAUGAAUAUACAUAAAAAAAAAGUAAUAUAUUUCUACUUUUGUUGAUGAUGAAAGACAUUGUGAAUAGCCCACCGGACAUGUGAUACUAAAGUUGUGAAAAUAGCUUUAAAACAAAUAAUUGUACAUAUUCAUUCUAUGAUCAGUCCAGCUAUGAAUAGGUAUUACUAAAUAAAUGGCAUUUACUAAUUGUGAGAUGUGCACUUUGUGGUACACAUAAGUGUGUGGUUCACAAAAGAUACAUAGUUAAGGCACUUGCUAAAAUGGAUAAACUAUUUUUGAAUUCCAGUAUAACAUACAAUAAUAAAUACAAUUUCUCUUUUGAUUGAAAAAAGUAGGCAAUUACAUUUGUAUGUCAAUAUGGCACUGAUCAAACUCACUACCCAUUCCUUACUUUACUUUAUUACAAAUUUAUAAAGAUUUUCUUCAAUAUCUUUUAGCCCUUACAAAAUUUUAAAUUAAUGUCAGACCAAAUCAUAUAAAAAAUGUUUAUACAGACAAUAAAAGAGAAGUAUUUCUUUCAAAUUGAGACUCUACAAUCAAUGUUUCUUUCUGUAUAUUUCAAUGUAUUGUUGUUUUUUUAUAUUUCAUUUUGCCCUGAACUUUCACUGUAUGUUGACACAAUGUAUAAAGUAUAUUGACAUCAGCUAGGCUAGUUCAUAGAUGAGUCUAUAUUGUUGACACUCUCUGGAGAUGUUGGUAUUUUCUACAUUCUGUAAUUUAGAUUAUAAUAAACAGGAGUGAAUCAAA